AUGAACGUCGAACUCCAAGCAAAGUUUUGCGGGUCAAUCCCAACCCGCAGCUCUUUUAUGGAUUUCAUUAAUGGGGGCAAGUCUGUAUACAGCACUGUGACCAGCAGUCCACCAAGAAGCCCAGAAUCUGGGUCUCAAUCCUCCACUCAGCCCAUUACACCUAAGGUUGAGACUCCCAAGGAUAAGACUGAAGUUCAAGACACUUCGUUCUUUGGCAUCCAAGCCUCAUCUAUCGAGACCAGCAUCCAACACGGCGCUGCAGAGCCUAUCACUCCCGACUACACUUUUGUUCUUGGCACUGAAGAUGAGUCUGUCACAGAGCAGUCUCCUAGUGAGCCCCCAACGACCGACAACACUAUGGAUGACCAUACUACCAACCCCACUUCUCUUCACGAUGUCACUAUCCCUCAGAUCUUCGUUACAGCGCCCACCACUCGUGAGUCCGGUUUAGCUGAGGCCGGUGUUGAUGAUUUCGAGUUUUUCGAUAGUGGCGAGGAGUUCGAAUUUUGCGAUGAAUUCGACGACGACGUCGCUGGAUCGCAAACCCAACGUCUCACCCCGGAACCUUAUGUCACCAAGGAAAUGGCCGCUCUGGCUAGAACCACUGAAAUUGAAAGUGUCGACUUGGAAGUCACUGGCAUUGACACUGAUCAUUCUGUGUCUACAAAAACUAGCGAGAGCUUUUCUAACGAGAGCGGAAAGCCCUUGAUUUGCUUUGACGAGAGCGGGGACCUCUACCUAAAGGUAGGACAGAACCCAGGACGGCUCAUGCUCGUCGAUUCCCGUGCGCUCAGCCGUGUGUCUCCCCGGCUCAAGCAGAUCGUUUCCUUCAACCAGAAAGAUCCUGAAGAUGGCGGCAGCUGGACUAUAGAGCUACCAGAUGACGACCCUGUCCCUUUCACUGUGAUUAUGAAUUUGAUUCAUACACGCUUCGAGAAGGUGUCCUCCAAGGUAUCACUCAAGAAGCUGUACGGUGCUUGCAUUCUCACCAGCAAGUAUGAGAUGACACAGAUCCUACGACCUGUGGCUGAGCGCUGGUUUAAGGCCUUGGGUACCUCCACUGAAGACUAUGGGCUCUUUUUUAAGAAGGCAUAUAUUGCAUGGGAAUUGGGUUUCUCGGAUGAGCUCAGCGAGAUGAUGGGACACGUCGUGCUCAACUGCUCGUUGGAUUGGAACGAUCAGCUCGUCAUUGGAGUGAACAAGGAGCGACUUUCCGACUUUGAAGGGUUGCAACGAAUCCCUAUUCUUGACUGCAUCACAGAACACCGCGAGCUCGCUCUUGAAACUUGCUGGUAUAAGAGCCAGAGGCUAGGCGAACAAGUCUUGUAUAGCUCGGUCAAGGGACGUAUGUGCGGCGCUUCCCACAGCCGAGAGGAAAUGUGUCUGAUGCUGGGCAAGAUGCUAAGCAAGGCUGGUGAAGAAGGAAUACUUGACCUUUUCCAUUUUGGGGGCAGCCUCGACGUAUUCCGGUCCUCGGACCUAGAUCUGAAGACCCUUGAGCACAAGAUUAGUCUCGUGGCCGAUCACAUCGACUUGUGUGGAUGGUGCCCUGCAGUACUCGAGACGGUCGAGGAGGUUAGGCAACAACUUCGAAGGGCAGCCGAUCCCCUCUACUUGAGCCAUCUUCGGGCUUUGCAAAUCCAAGCUGCCAAGAUUAGAAUGAUUCCUGGCUUGGAUGAAGAUGAUGACGAUGAGCAAUGA